UGCUCUCUCUGCUGUCCUGUCUGCCAGUCCGUGCGGCCCUCCCUUUUGCUUCUCCACAGGUGUGACCAGCAGAAGCAGGCAGGAUGUCUGACAAAAAGAUGACCUCAAGCCGCCGGCAUUACCUGAAGAGCUUGUUGCUCCAGAUUGCUCAGGGCCUGCUGGAGGCCGAGGCCGAGCAGCUUGCUGAGGAGAAGGAAGCGUUUCUGUCCCAGAACUGCCCGACACUGAGUCUGCCAACAAAAAUGGAGGAACUGCAGCUUAUGUGCAAGAAAUACCACCAGAGCAUUGAAAAGGUCGACGAGGAGAGGUAUGACAUGGAGGCCAAGGUUACUAAGACUAACAAGGAGAUUGAUGAUCUGAAGCUCCAAGUGAUUGACCUGAAGGGCAAGUUCAAGAAGCCAGCUCUGAAGAAAGUGCGUAUGUCCGCCGAUCAGAUGCUUCAGGCUCUGCUGGGCUCCAAGCACAAGGUCACUAUGGAUCUGAGGAGCAACCUGAAGCAGGUCAAGAAGGAGGUCAAGGUUGAGGAGACUUCUGACUGGCGUGCAAACAUUGAGGACAAGAAGGACAGGAAGAAGAUGUUCAUGGAAGUCUAAGUCUCAGAGGUGCCCAGAAAAGUGGCAUCACGGCAUGGUCACAGACCAAGAGAGACACUUACGGGAACAUACAUGGGAACAAUUUUUUUUCUAACGUUCUGAAGCUUUUCUUUUUAACUCUCCCAUUCAUAAUUGGGAAGGUGAUGUGAUAUUGUACAGUGUGUUUUUUGUUUGGCCUUCCAAUUAACCCAUGACUGUUGAUUUUAAGUUGUGAAAUAUAUAGAGGAAUGCACAUUCUCUGUACAUUGCAGAGGAAUACUAUAUGAAUUGUAAUAUACCACCAUUUUCACUCUCAAGACUGUUUUAUGCUAAUAUUAUUUUAUACAAAUAAUACAUACAGGAUAUGUACAUCAUGUAUUGUAUUUAUCAAGCUUGUAAUAUUCUGUCCCAAUAAUGCAUCUCACCAUGUAAAGAUAAACCAACCUUUUGCAUUUACCAUCUGUUAUUAAAGCUGUAUUUUGAUGCAGGCCAUCACAAUCCAAAUUUCUUUACUUCUUUGUGGUAACCAUACUCUGUAUUUUUUGCUUU